AUGGACGUGCUAAAAGGGAUCCAAAAACGCCUACCCUCUACAGACGACUUGCCGACCCUCAAGGCGUUACAAUACUCAUCGCUCAAGGAUGCAUCAGGCAAGAUCGCGCCGAGGCUGUCCUUCUUCAAGAAGAGGAUACGCAUCCGCGGCAACAGCAAAUUCAGCAUACCGCUCUAUCUGGUUCUGCUGUUCCCUUGUAUAGUAGUCAUAGUAAUAUUGCUUCUCUUCUUGCGGCAUCCUGCAUCGCCCGGGAGCAGGCUAAUACCAACCGGCGCACCGCCGAGCAUACGAAAGAUCAGCGAAAAGCACGACAAGGUCUUCGUCAACGGCUGCUUAGACCCCAAGAUCACCGCCAAGGAGCACCCCCGAGCAAACGCAGCAUUUGUUGUCCUGGCACGGAACAAGGAGUUGGACGGUGUGAUUGAGAGUUUGAAGAGCGUGGAAAGACACUUCAAUCGCUGGUUCCACUACCCAUACGUCUUCCUCAACGAUGGCGAGUUCAACAGCACCUUCAAGGAGACAGUGACAAAUUAUACCAGUUCGCCUGUCGAGUUUGGCACAAUUGGACCAGAACAUUGGGGAUAUCCAAACUGGACAGACGCGAAUGUCGCCAAGGAGGGUAUCCGCAAGCAGGGUGACCAGGCUAUCAUGUACGGUGGCAUGGAAUCAUAUCACCACAUGUGUCGAUUCUACUCUGGCUUCUUCUACAAACACGAACUGCUUCAGAAGUACGAAUGGUAUUGGCGAGUGGAGCCCGAGAUCAAGUACUUUUGCGACAUCACCUACGACCCCUUCAUCCAUAUGGCUCGCAACAACAAGACGUAUGGUUUUACCAUUGCCGUCAAGGAGCUGAAAGAGACUGUCCCAAACAUCUUCAGAUACGCAUCUGCGUAUAAGAGGAAGCACAACUUGAAGUCGCAGGGUCUGUGGGAGAUGUUUGUCGAGCCAAAGGAGGGCUACAACCAAGAUGGCACGCCAAAGCCAGGUACCAUCCCACCUGAGGAGUUGCCCAAGGAAGAUCCGAAGUACCAGGACGAGAAGCACAAGCCAUUGCCAGAAGACAUUCUGCGUACAGAGCCUGGACAAGGAUCUCUUCCUGACAUUGACCCUGAAGCCAUGGAGGGCGAGAUCUACAACAUGUGCCAUUUCUGGUCCAACUUUGAGAUUGCACGCCUCGACUUCUUCCGCAGUCAGGAGUACGAAGACUUCUUCAACAUGAUGGACCGAUCAGGUGGGUUCUGGAUGGAAAGAUGGGGUGACGCACCAAUCCACUCCCUCGCCGCUGGUGCCCUUCUGUCACCCAAGGACAUCCACUACUUCCGCGAUUUCGGCUACAGACACACCACCAUCCAGCACUGCCCCGCGAAUGCGCCGGCACGUCAGCUAGAAAGAGAACCAUAUCUCGAGACGACGACCACAGACGAGAAAGCACGACGAGAAGAAGACGACUACUGGGCGAAAUGGGAUACACCUCAAGAGAACGGAGUCGGCUGCAGAUGUCGCUGCGAUACAGACAUUGUCGACGUGGAAGGUAAAGAGGGCAGCUGCAUACCCGAAUGGGUGGAAAUCGCAGGCGGAUAUAUCACACCUCAAGGACCCGGCUGA